ACAUUAGGUUGCGCGCCAUCGUUCCAGGCGGUCGCACAUUCCACGUGCCAUAGCCGUAACCACAACCUGCCAGCCGUUUAAAGCCAAACUAAACAAAACGAACCGAAACUGCCUUCACAAAGUACCUAAGCCAAACCUAAAUAGCUGCCAAAAGAAACCAAAACCGCCGUUACCCGGAAAAGAGAUGAUGGGAUCGCCGGGAUCCCAAGCGUCCGCGAUCGCGACCUCGGUCGGAAUCAGAAGCGGGCGGAGAGGUCAAGCGGGAGGAUCGUUGCUCCUGCGCCUCCUUGCCGUGACCUUCGUCCUCGCCGCCUGCCACGCACCGCUGCUGACCAAUGCCAAGCAAAUCUCAAAUCUUGGCGAUGACCAAGAUUUUAUGCUGGCAGAUGAUGAGUCGCUGCAGGGCAUCAACGAUUCCGAGUGGCAGCUCAUGGGUGAUGACAUUGACGACGGCCUACUGGACGAUGUCGAUGAGACACUGAAGCCCAUGGAGACCAAGUCCGAGGAGGAAGACUUGCCCACUGGCAACUGGUUCAGCCAGAGUGUCCAUCGCGUUCGCCGUUCCAUAAACCGUUUAUUUGGUUCCGACGACAAUCAGGAACGGGGACGACGACAACAGCGUGAGCGGUCGCAAAGGAAUCGCGAUGCGAUUAAUCGGCAAAAAGAACUGCGCCGCAGACAAAAGGAGGACCACAACCGCUGGAAGCAAAUGCGAAUGGAGCGACAACUGGAGAAACAGCGCUUGGUCAAACGGACCAAUCAUGUUGUCUUCAACCGCGCCACCGAUCCUCGCAAGCGGGCAUCGGACCUUUACGACGAGAACGAGGCAUCCGGCUAUCACGAGGAGGAUACAACUCUCUAUCGUACCUACUUCGUCGUUAACGAACCUUAUGACAACGAAUACAGAGAUCGAGAAAGCGUACAGUUCCAGAACCUGCAAAAACUUCUGGACGAUGAUCUGCGCAACUUCUUCCACAGCAACUACGAAGGUAACGAUGACGAGGAGCAGGAAAUUCGCAGCACACUGGAGCGCGUUGAACCCACUAAUGAUAACUUCAAAAUUCGCGUGCAACUCAGAAUAGAGCUGCCCACUUCGGUCAACGACUUUGGAAGUAAGUUGCAGCAGCAACUGAAUGUCUAUAAUCGUAUCGAAAACUUGAGCGCCGCUACCGAUGGCGUAUUUUCCUUCACUGAAUCUAGUGUGACAGAAGAAUCAGUUCGACAUUUGGAUGUGGGCUUUGUGGAACCGCAUAUUACUCUCUUCCAUGAGCAAAAUACAGGAUACGAUGAUUUUGACAGAAAACCAACCACCGAAACCCAAGAUAUCGAGGAAGAGGCAAUCGAUGUUACAUUGCCCCAGGAAGAGGUUGAGGGCUCUGGUAGCGAUGACUCCAGCUGUCGUGGAGACGCCACCUUCACCUGUCCCCGGAGCGGAAAAACCAUUUGCGAUGAAAUGCGCUGCGAUAGAGAGAUCCAAUGUCCCGAUGGCGAGGACGAAGAGUACUGCAACUAUCCAAAUGUUUGCACUGAAGAUCAGUUCAAGUGCGACGAUAAGUGUCUGGAGCUCAAAAAACGCUGCGAUGGAAGUAUCGAUUGUCUGGAUCAGACCGACGAGGCUGGCUGCAUUAAUGCGCCAGAACCAGAACCAGAGCCUGAACCAGAGCCAGAGCCUGAACCGGAAUCUGAACCAGAGGCCGAACCCGAACCCGAACCUGAGCCUGAGCCUGAGUCUGAACCAGAACAAGAACCUGAACCCCAAGUCCCGGAAGCCAAUGAGUGCCAGGCCAACGAGUUUAGAUGCAAUAAUGGCGAUUGUAUCGAUGCCAGAAAGCGUUGCAACAACGUUUCGGAUUGUAGCGAAGGCGAGGACGAGAACGAGGAGUGCCCCGCCGCCUGCAGCGGAAUGGAGUACCAAUGUCGCGACGGCACGCGCUGUAUCAGUGUGAGUCAGCAAUGCGACGGUCACUCCGAUUGCAGUGACGGCGACGACGAGGAGCAUUGCGACGGAAGUGGCUAUGAUAGCGAGGAAUGUCGGUUUGAUGAGUUCCAUUGCGGGACUGGUGAGUGCAUACCAAUGCGUCAGGUGUGCGAUAAUAUCUACGAUUGCAACGAUUAUUCCGAUGAGGUUAACUGCGUCGAAGGAGAAGAGGAGGAUAGGGUGGGCAUACCCAUUGGCCACCAGCCGUGGAGGCCAGCGUCCAAGCACGACGACUGGCUGCACGAAAUGGACACCAGCGAGUACCAGGUGUACCAGCCAAGUAAUGUCUAUGAGAAGGCCAAUUCUCAAAAUCCAUGUGCAAGCAACCAAUUCCGGUGCACCACGUCGAAUGUUUGCAUACCGCUGCAUUUGCGCUGCGAUGGCUUCUAUCACUGCAAUGAUAUGAGCGACGAGAAGUCCUGCGAGCAGUAUCAGCGUCACACCACUACACGACGCCCAUUGACCUUGGCCACGCCCACCUCGAGAAUCACCACCCAGGGCCCAGGUCUUCUGGAGCGUCGUAAUACCACCACAGCCACCGAAGCAUCGCGAUGGCCAUGGGCAACGAAAACGACAACAAUCGCGACCACGACUUCUAACCCAAUAACAACAGUUGGCGUAGCGAACAGCCCACCCCAGACAUGCCUCGAAAACAUCGAAUUCGCGUGCCACAAUCGCGAUUGCAUUUCGAUUGAGAGCGUCUGCGAUGGCAUCCCCGACUGCGGACGCAAUGAAGACGAGGACGACGCUCUGUGCAAGUGCAGCGGCGACAAGUACAAAUGCCAGCGCGGCGGAGGCUGCAUUCCGAAAUCCCAGGUGUGCGAUGGCAAACCUCAAUGCCACGACCGCAGCGAUGAGAGUGCAUGUCACCUCCAUGGAAGGUUAAAUAAAACUCGUUUGGGGGUCAAGUGCCUGGAGAGCCAGUAUCAAUGUGGCGAUGGAAGCUGCAUCUCCGGCUACAAGCGCUGCAAUGGCAUCCACGAUUGCGCCGAUGCCUCCGACGAAUACAACUGCAUCUAUGACUACGAAGACACCUACGACACCGACCCGAACAACAAUCCAUUGAAUGAAUGUGAUAUCCUUGAGUUUGAAUGUGACUACAGUCAGUGUUUGCCGCUAGAGAAGAAAUGCGAUGGCUAUGCAGACUGCGAAGACAUGAGCGACGAGCUCGAAUGUCAGUCGUACACAGACCAUUGUCUAGAGUCUGAGUUCGAAUGCGAUAGCUACUGCCUGCCCCGCGAUCAGUUGUGCAACGGAAUACCCAAUUGCCAAGAUGGCAGCGAUGAGCGCAACUGCACCUUCUGCCGGGAAGACGCCUACCUUUGCAACACCGGCGAGUGCGUGGCCGAUAAUCAGAGAUGCAACGGCAUCGCCGAUUGCGCCGAUGGCAGCGACGAGCGUCACUGCGCAAGGAUAUAUUGUCCACCUAACAAACUAGCCUGCAAUGGCACUUGUGUCAGUCGGAGAAUAAAGUGUGAUGGCAUCCGCGACUGCCUCGAUGGCUAUGACGAGAUGUACUGUCCGGAGACCAACAACCACUAUCCCACACAAAAUGUGAAUGUUAUACGACCAAAACUGGGCCCCAAUCCUAUACCAAAAUCGUGCCGCCCCCAUGAAUGGCAGUGUGCGAAUCUCGAGUGCAUCGAUAGCAGUUUGCAGUGCAAUGAAAUUAAGGAUUGUUCCGAUGGAUCCGAUGAGGAACUCAGCGUUUGCUUUGGCACUGCCACCACCCGACUCAAGCCCAGCGACUGCAGUCCGGAACAGUUCUACUGCGAUGAGUCGUGCUACAAUCGAUCCGUUCGAUGCAAUGGGCACGUGGAUUGCUCAGAUGGUAGUGAUGAGGUGGGCUGUUCACUGCCAUGUCCGCAACACCAGUGUCCCAGUGGCCGGUGUUAUACGGAAAGUGAACGAUGCGAUCGGCACAGACACUGCGAGGACGGCUCCGAUGAGGCCAACUGCUGUUACGCAAACCAAUUCCGUUGCAACAAUGGUGACUGCGUUUCCGGAUCGGCUCCCUGCAACGGAUAUUCCGAGUGCAGUGAUCACUCCGAUGAGCUCAACUGUGGUGGAACCCAGGAGUGUCUGCCCAAUCAAUUCCGCUGCAAUAGUGGCCAGUGUGUGAGCUCCUCAGUGCGAUGCAACGGACGAACCGAUUGCCAGGAUAGCUCCGAUGAGCAAAAUUGCGCCGCCGAUAGUAAUGAUCGCAGACCGAACCAACUGAAUCUCAAGACCUAUCCCGACAGCCAGAUCAUCAAGGAGAGUCGCGAGGUCAUCUUCCGUUGCCGAGAUGAAGGACCCGCACGCGCCAAGGUCAAGUGGUCCCGCCCAGGCGGACGACCACUGCCACCUGGUUUCACCGAUCGGAACGGCCGCCUGGAGAUUCCCAACAUUAGGGUCGAGGAUGCCGGCACAUAUGUUUGCGAGGCUGUGGGCUAUGCCAGCUAUAUUCCCGGCCAGCAGGUCACCGUGAACCUCAACGUCGAGCGCUAUAACGACGUUGGAUCCCGUCCGGAAUCAGCCUGCACGGAAUAUCAGGCCACCUGCAUGAACGGCGAAUGUAUUGACAAGUCGUCCAUCUGUGACGGAAAUCCGGACUGUUCGGACGCCUCCGAUGAGCAAAGCUGCAGUUUGGGUCUCAAGUGCCAGCCCAACCAGUUCAUGUGCUCGAACUCGAAGUGCGUGGACCGCACCUGGCGAUGCGAUGGCGAGAAUGACUGCGGAGAUAAUUCCGAUGAGACCUCCUGCGAUCCGGAGCCAAGUGGCGCUCCCUGCCGCUAUAAUGAAUUCCAGUGCCGCAGUGGUCAUUGUAUACCCAAGAGCUUCCAGUGCGACAAUGUUCCUGAUUGCACGGACGGUACCGAUGAAGUUGGAUGCAUGGCACCCUUGCCAAUCCGCCCUCCACCCCAAUCUGUUUCCCUUUUGGAGUAUGAGGUGCUCGAGCUUACGUGCGUGGCCACCGGAACCCCAACUCCCACAAUUGUAUGGCGUCUGAACUGGGGUCAUGUGCCCGAUAAGUGCGAGUCAAAGAGCUACGGUGGAACGGGAACACUUCGUUGUCCGGACAUGAGGCCGCAGGACAGUGGAGCCUACUCGUGCGAAAUUAUUAACACACGCGGCACCCACUUUGUGAACCCGGACACCAUUGUUACCGUUAGACCAGUGCGUACAGAUGUGUGCGAGGCCGGAUUCUUCAAUAUGUUAGCCCGCAAAGCGGAGGAGUGCGUCCAGUGCUUCUGUUUCGGAGUAGCUAAAGCCUGCGACAGUGCCAACUUAUUUACAUAUGCCAUCCACCCGCCGAUCCUUUCACACCGCGUUGUCAGCGUUGAGCUGAGUCCACUUCGACAGAUUGUGAUCAAUGAGGCAGCGCCAGGACAGGAUCUGCUCACACUGCUACAUGGCGUUCAGUUCAGGGCCACCAAUGUUCACUUCAGCGGCCGGGAGACGCCUUAUUUGGCCUUGCCCGCGGAUUACAUGGGCAACCAGCUAAAGUCUUAUGGCGGAAAUCUACGAUACGAGGUUAACUACCGCGGCAGCGGAAGACCCGUCAACGGUCCAGAUGUAAUAAUCACUGGCAAUCGUUUUACACUAACUUAUCGAGUUCGCACUCAGCCGGGUCAAAACAACAGGGUGAGCAUUCCAUUCGUGCCAGGUGGAUGGCAAAAGCCCGAUGGUCGCAAGGCGUCGCGUGAGGAGAUCAUGAUGAUUCUGGCCAAUGUGGACAAUAUCCUGAUCCGACUCGGAUAUCUGGAUAGCACCGCUCGCGAAGUGGAUCUUAUAAAUAUUGCCUUGGAUUCGGCAGGCACUGCCGAUAAGGGACUGGGUAGUGCGUCUCUUGUGGAGAAGUGCCAGUGCCCACCUGGUUAUGUUGGUGAUUCGUGUGAGUCCUGUGCCUCCGGCUAUGUGCGACAGCCCGGUGGACCAUGGUUGGGUCACUGUGUGCCGUUCAUCCCUGAUUCUUGUCCAUCCGGAACUUAUGGAGAUCCCCGUCGUGGUGUGCCCUGCAAGGAGUGCCCAUGUCCACUAACCGGCAGCAAUAACUUUGCCAGCGGCUGUCAACAAAGUCCUGAUGGCGACGUGGUUUGCCGAUGUAAUGAGGGCUACACAGGCAGGCGGUGCGAACAGUGCGCCGCCGGAUACCAGGGCAAUCCUUUGGCUGCGGGAGGAAUUUGCCGCAGAAUACCCGAUACUUCCUGCAACGUGGAUGGCACCUACUCCGUUCAUAGCAAUGGAACCUGCCAAUGCAAGGAUAGCGUAAUUGGCGAACAGUGCGACACAUGCAAAUCAAAGAGUUUCCACCUCAAUUCGUUUACAUAUACCGGUUGCAUCGAGUGCUUCUGCAGCGGAGUGGGCUUGGACUGUGAUAGUAGCACGUGGUAUCGCGAUCAAGUAACGAGCACGUUUGGAAGAUCUCGUGUCGAUCACGGAUUUGUUUUGGUUACUAACUACAUGCAACCCACGCCAGACACCGUACCUGUCUCAAUGGCCGCAGAACCCAAUGCGUUAAGCUUUAUAGGAUCGGCUGAUCAAUCUGGAAAUACGCUCUACUGGAGUCUGCCAGCCGCCUUUUUGGGAAACAAACUUUCUUCAUAUGGAGGCAAGCUGACUUACACCUUAAGCUACAGUCCCCUGCCCAACGGCAUUAUGUCUCGGAACAGUGCCCCAGAUGUGGUGAUCAAGAGUGGCGAGGAUCUAAGGCUCAUCCAUUAUAGGAAAUCCCAGGUUGUGCCCAGUGUGGCCAACACCUAUUCCGUGGAAAUCAAGGAAAGUGCUUGGCAGCGCGGCGACGAAGUUGUGGCCAACCGUGAGCACGUUCUGAUGGCACUUAGCGAUAUUACGGCCAUCUACAUAAAGGCCACAUACACCACUAGCACCAAGGAGGCCUCGUUGCGACAGGUGACUUUGGACGUUGCCACUCCAACGAACCUUGGCACUCCACGUGCCGUCGAAGUUGAACAGUGCCGCUGUCCCGAGGGCUAUUUGGGUCUUUCUUGUGAGCAGUGCGCUCCUGGCUAUGCCCGCGAUCCGGAGGGCGGAAUCUAUCUGGGACUCUGCAGGCCUUGUGAGUGCAAUGGACAUUCCAAAUAUUGCAACAGCGAUACCGGUGACUGCGAAGAAUGUUCUGACAAUACCGAAGGUCCUAGCUGUGAACGAUGCGCUGCUGGCUAUGUGGGUGAUGCCACCCGUGGAACAAUUUACGACUGCCAACCCGAUGAAGGCUACCCGAUCCCGAGUCCUCCGGCACCCGGCAACCAAACUUUGGAAUGCACGGCCUAUUGCCAAAUAGAGGGCAUCUAUGAUUGCCGCGGCAACGAAUGCCUGUGCAAGAGAAACGUGAUUGGUGAUCAAUGCGACCAAUGCCGCCCUGGAACCUAUGGACUGUCUGCUCAAAAUCAGGAUGGCUGCAAAGAGUGCUACUGCUCUGGAUUGGCCAGCCAGUGUCGUUCGGCAGCUCUGUACCGCCAGCUAAUACCGGUGGACUUUAUUCUUAACGCACCAUUAAUUACAGACGAAAGCGGAGCUGUCCAGGACACCGAGAACUUAAUUCCCGACAUAUCUAGGAAUAUGUAUACCUACACGCACACCUCCUAUCUGCCCAAGUACUGGAGUCUUAGGGGAAGUGUGCUGGGCAACCAGCUAUUCUCGUACGGUGGCCGCCUGUCGUACAGUCUAAUAGUGGAGUCAUAUGGCAACUAUGAGCGUGGCCACGAUAUUGUGCUUAUUGGCAAUGGAUUGAAGCUCAUCUGGUCGCGACCCGAUGGAAAUGAGAAUCAGGAGGAAUACAAUGUCCGAUUGCACGAGGACGAGCAAUGGACCCGCCAGGAUCGCGAAUCGGCACGACCGGCUUCUCGGUCUGAUUUCAUGACUGUGCUGUCGGAUCUACAGCACAUCCUAAUCCGAGCCACACCCAGAGUGCCCACACAAAGCACUUCGAUCGGCAAUGUCAUUCUGGAGAGUGCGGUGACCACAAGGACGCCAGGAGCUACGCAUGCUUCCGACAUCGAGUUGUGCCAGUGCCCAUCCGGAUACGUGGGCACCUCCUGUGAAUCAUGCGCACCUCUUCACUACCGCGAUGCUAGCGGAUCGUGCAGCCUGUGUCCUUGCGAUGUUUCCAACACGGAGUCGUGUGACUUGGUCAGUGGCGGAUACGUUGAAUGUCGUUGCAAGGCACGUUGGAAGGGCGAUCGGUGUCGCGAGAUCGACACCAACGAUCCAACGGAUAUCGGUACAGAAGAUCCCGUGCUCACCCAGAUUAUCGUAUCGAUUCAAAAGCCUGAGAUCACCAUUGUGCCCGUAGGCGGUUCCAUGACCCUCAGCUGUAGCGGUCGAAUGCGUUGGAGCAAUAGUCCAGUCAUUGUGAACUGGUACAAGGAGAACAGCCGCCUGCCAGAGAAUGUUGAAGUCCAAGGCGGAAAUCUGUACCUGUACGAUCUACAGGUCAGCGAUUCUGGAGUCUACAUCUGCCAGGCCGUCAACAAUGAAACCGCCAGCGUGUUUAAGGACACUGUAUCCAUUACCAUAACCAAGAAAGACCAGCUCUCACCGGCUGAGAUUGUGAAUUUGCCGAGCCACGUUACAUUUGAGGAGUACGUGAACAAUGAGAUUAUCUGCGAAGUACUUGGCAACCCAGCACCCAGAGUCACCUGGGCGCGAGUGGAUGGCCAUGCGGAUGCCCAAAGUACCCGGACAUACGACAACCGCUUGAUCUUUGAUUCGCCAAGGAAAUCGGACGAAGGCCGCUAUCGCUGCCAGGCGGAAAAUGACCAGAACCGAGAUGAGAAGUACGUGAUCGUCUAUGUUCAGAGCAAUCCGCCCCAGCCGCCGCCGCAACAGGAUCGAUUGUACAUCACACCGGAGGAGAUUAAUGGCCUGGCCGGCGAGUCCUUCCAGUUGAAUUGCCAAUUUACAAGUGUUGCCUCUCUGCGCUACGAUUGGUCGCACAAUGGUCGCUCCUUAUCCUCUUCGCCCGCGCGAAAUGUUGAGAUCCGUGGCAACACCCUGGAAGUUCGCGAUGCCAGCGAAAGCGACUCCGGCGUCUACACCUGUGUGGCGUAUGACGUACGCACCCGCCGCAACUUUACCGAGAGCGCCCGUGUUAACAUCGACCGACGCGAAGAACAACCAUUUGGCAACAAACCGAUCAUCGAGAGCUUGGAGCAGAAUAUCCUGAUCAUCCAGGGCGAGGACUAUAGCAUCACCUGCGAGGCGAGUGGAUCGCCAUAUCCAUCGAUCAAGUGGGCCAAGGUGCACGACUUCAUGCCCGAAAAUGUGCACAUUAGUGGCAACGUGCUGACCAUCUAUGGAGCACGAUUCGAGAAUCGCGGUGUCUACUCCUGCGUUGCCGAAAAUGACCACGGAUCAGAUUUGUCCAGCACAAGUAUCGACAUUGAACCCCGGGAGCGGCCGAGUGUAAAGAUUGUAUCGGCGCCCCUGCAAACAUUUUCGGUUGGCGCUCCGGCAUCCCUCUACUGCACGGUAGAGGGAAUUCCCGAUCCGACCGUCGAAUGGGUUCGUGUGGACGGCCAACCGUUGUCGCCGCGUCACAAGAUCCAGUCACCCGGCUACAUGGUAAUCGACGAUAUUCAGCUCGAGGAUAGCGGAGACUAUGAGUGUCGCGCAAAGAACAUAGUCGGCGAGGCGACCGGCGUGGCCACCAUUACCGUCCAGGAGCCAACUCUCGUCCAGAUAAUUCCCGACAACAGGGAUCUUAGGCUGACGGAGGGCGAUGAACUCUCACUGACCUGCGUUGGCAGCGGCGUCCCAAACCCGGAAGUCGAAUGGGUUAAUGAAAUGGCCUUGAAACGGGAUCUCUACAGCCCACCGAGCAAUACAGCGAUCCUUAAGAUCUACCGAGUGACCAAGGCGGAUGCAGGCAUAUACACCUGCCAUGGCAAAAAUGAGGCGGGUAGCGAUGAAGCUCACGUUCGCGUUGAGGUCCAGGAACGGCGAGGAGAUAUCGGAGGAGUUGAUGAUGAUUCCGACCGGGAUCCCAUAAACUACAAUCCGCCACAACAACAAAACCCUGGCAUCCACCAGCCGGGCAGCAACCAACUCCUGGCCACCGACAUUGGCGACAAUGUGACCCUGACCUGCGACAUGUUCCAACCCCUGAACACGCGCUGGGAACGCGUCGACGGGGCACCACUGCCCCGCAAUGCCUACACGAUUAAAAACAGGCUGGAGAUUGUGCGCGUGGAACAGCAAAAUCUGGGCCAGUACCGCUGCAAUGGAAUCGGUCGCGAUGGCAACGUUAAGACCUAUUUCGUUAAAGAGCUGGUCCUUAUGCCCCUGCCCCGAAUCAGGUUCUACCCGAAUAUUCCGCUGACCGUGGAGGCGGGUCAGAAUUUGGAUGUGCACUGUCAGGUGGAAAACGUGCGUCCGGAGGACGUUCAUUGGAGUACCGACAACAAUCGACCACUGCCCAGUUCGGUUCGCAUUGUGGGCAGCGUCCUGCGCUUCGUGUCCAUCACACAGGCAGCUGCCGGUGAAUAUCGCUGCUCUGCCUUCAACCAAUAUGGAAACCGAUCGCAGAUCGCAAGAGUGGCAGUAAAGAAGCCCGCCGACUUCCAUCAGGUUCCGCAGUCCCAGUUGCAACGGCACCGCGAGGGCGAGAACAUUCAACUGCAAUGCACGGUGACCGAUCAAUAUGGCGUAAGGGCUCAAGACAAUGUUGAGUUCAACUGGUUCCGCGACGACAGAAGACCCCUGCCGAACAACGCCCGUACGGAUAGCCAGAUCCUGGUGCUGACCAAUUUGCGACCCGAGGAUGCGGGUCGCUACAUCUGCAACUCAUACGACGUGGACCGUGGGCAGCAACUGCCCGAAGUGUCCAUCGACUUGCAAGUACUAACGGCUACCCCGCCACCCAACAGCCCCAUCUACCUGCCACCGCAAUUGCCAGCAAAGAGCCGCGACUAUAGCCUCAAACUGGACGAUCAGUCCUCGAACCUGCGAGCGGGUGAAUCCACCGAUGUCGAGUGCUACUCCUCCGAUGACACCUACACAGACGUGGUGUGGGAACGCUCUGACGGGGCUCCACUCAGCAAUAAUGUCAGGCAAGUGGGAAAUCGUCUGGUGAUCAGUAAUGUGUCGCCAAGCGAUGCCGGUAACUACGUGUGCAAGUGCAAGACGGACGAAGGGGAUCUGUACACCACCAGCUACAAACUGGAGGUCGAGGAUCAGCCUCAUGAACUCAAAAGCUCCAAGAUAGUUUACGCCAAGGUUGGCGCCAAUGCCGAUUUGCAGUGCGGGGCCGAUGAAAGUCGACAGCCCACCUAUCGCUGGUCUCGCCAAUACGGCCAACUUCAAGCGGGACGCAGUCUAAUGAACGAGAAACUGUCCCUGGACAGUGUGCAGGCAAAUGAUGCCGGUACGUAUAUUUGCACCGCUCAAUACGCCGAUGGUGAGACUGCAGACUUCCCCAAUAUCCUGGUUGUGACUGGGGCGAUUCCCCAGUUCCGGCAGGAACCUCGCAGCUACAUGAGCUUCCCCACGCUGCCAAACUCUUCGUUUAAGUUCAACUUCGAGCUGACCUUCCGACCGGAAAACGGUGACGGUCUCCUACUGUUCAACGGACAAACCCGCGGAAGUGGCGACUACAUCGCACUUUCGCUCAAGGAUCGCUAUGCGGAGUUCCGUUUUGAUUUUGGUGGUAAGCCAAUGCUGGUGCGAGCUGAGGAACCACUGGCGCUGAAUGAGUGGCACACGGUUCGUGUGAGUCGCUUCAAGAGGGAUGGUUACAUCCAGGUGGACGAACAACAUCCGGUGGCCUUCCCCACCCUGCAGCAAAUACCCCAACUGGAUCUGAUCGAAGAUUUGUAUAUUGGCGGAGUGCCCAACUGGGAGCUCCUGCCCGCCGAUGCUGUUAGCCAGCAAGUUGGCUUCGUGGGCUGCAUCAGUCGCUUAACUCUGCAAGGACGCACCGUGGAACUGAUCCGUGAGGCGAAGUACAAAGAGGGCAUCACGGACUGCCGGCCAUGUGCGCAAGGACCUUGUCAAAACAAGGGAGUCUGCUUGGAGAGCCAAACCGAGCAGGCCUACACCUGCAUUUGCCAGCCGGGUUGGACUGGAAGGGAUUGUGCCAUUGAGGGCACCCAGUGUACGCCCGGAGUCUGUGGCGCCGGACGCUGCGAGAAUACGGAGAACGACAUGGAGUGCCUGUGCCCACUGAACCGAUCCGGAGAUCGAUGCCAAUAUAAUGAGAUUUUAAAUGAGCACAGUCUCAACUUUAAGGGCAACAGCUUUGCGGCCUAUGGAACUCCUAAAGUCACCAAGGUCAACAUAACGCUCUCCGUACGUCCGGCAAGUUUGGAGGACUCCGUGAUUUUGUAUACUGCAGAAUCGACUCUGCCCAGCGGCGAUUACCUGGCACUGGUACUGCGUGGUGGUCACGCGGAGCUCUUAAUAAAUACGGCAGCUCGAUUGGAUCCCGUGGUAGUGCGAUCUGCUGAGCCACUGCCCCUGAACCGCUGGACAAGAAUUGAGAUCAGACGUCGCCUGGGCGAAGGAAUUCUACGGGUGGGCGACGGACCAGAGCGAAAGGCCAAGGCCCCAGGCUCGGAUCGAAUUUUGUCCCUUAAAACGCACCUCUAUGUGGGCGGCUACGAUCGCUCCACGGUCAAGGUCAAUCGGGACGUGAACAUCACUAAGGGCUUCGAUGGCUGCAUCUCCAGGCUAUACAACUUCCAAAAACCUGUCAAUCUCCUAGCGGACAUUAAGGAUGCGGCAAAUAUACAGAGUUGUGGGGAGACUAAUAUGAUCGGAGGUGACGAGGAUAGCGACAAUGAGCCACCAGUUCCGCCUCCAACUCCAGAUGUUCACGAGAACGAACUUCAACCAUAUGCGAUGGCGCCGUGCGCCAGCGAUCCAUGUGAAAACGGAGGAAGCUGCAGUGAACAGGAGGACGUGGCCGUAUGCUCCUGUCCUUUCGGAUUCAGUGGCAAGCACUGUCAGGAGCACCUCCAACUGGGCUUCAAUGCCUCGUUCCGAGGCGAUGGGUACGUUGAGCUGAAUCGAAGUCACUUCCAACCAGCUUUGGAGCAAUCCUACACUUCUAUGGGCAUCGUCUUCACCACCAACAAGCCGAACGGUCUGCUGUUCUGGUGGGGCCAAGAGGCCGGAGAGGAGUACACCGGACAGGACUUUAUAGCUGCCGCAGUGGUGGAUGGCUAUGUGGAGUACUCAAUGAGGCUCGAUGGCGAGGAGGCGGUAAUCCGGAACAGCGAUAUCCGCGUAGACAAUGGGGAGCGACACAUUGUGAUCGCUAAGCGGGACGAAAACACCGCCAUUCUAGAGGUUGAUCGCAUGCUGCAUUCGGGUGAAACCCGACCCACCAGCAAAAAGUCGAUGAAGCUGCCGGGCAAUGUUUUUGUCGGUGGCGCUCCUGACCUCGAGGUGUUUACGGGUUUCCGAUACAAGCACAAUUUGAACGGCUGCAUUGUGGUCGUCGAGGGCGAAACUGUGGGCCAAAUUAAUCUUAGUUCUGCUGCCGUUAACGGAGUGAAUGCCAACGUCUGUCCCGCUAACGACGAUCCACUGGGAGGAACCGAACCGCCAGUCGUCUGAGGACACAACCAACAGCCGAAACUAGCUUUUUAAUUAAACAUUAACAAAUGAAACAAAACGAACAACAAUUUUUAUAUAUACAACAUAUGCAUAAGCCCAAGAAAAUCCACAAAAAUUGAAUAUUAUAUCACUUACACAUAAUAUAAAAAAAACAAAAACAAAAGAGAAACGAUCACUUCAACUACAAUUGCUUCUUCGAUCCUUAAGUCUAAGUUAAAGAUUGUAGCAAGGAAAAAUGCGAAAAUAUCACAAACAUUUAUUUAACAAAAACGCCAUGCAAGAAGUGAAACGAAACAGAUACAAUAAUGCAACUAAUGCAAAAUAAUACAGAAAAUACAGUUAAAGCCUAGAACCCUAAGAACUUACUAACUAACUCGAGCAACAACAACGCAUACUAGCCAACUGCAACCACAAAAUCCACAAUAGUGAAGGCAUUUUAAUCAUAAUUUUAGUCUCUAGCUUAUACCUAUGACUACGACUCUUUUUUUGCCAGCCCAGUGUAAAAAGUUGGAGAUCGAAAAUUGGCCCUACACACAUACAAGACCACGUUAUUGAUUAAAAACCAAUUGAUAAUACACCUACAUACAUAUAAUGAUAAAUGAAUUACUAAGAAUGCAACUAUUGUGAACGAGCGAAAACCGUUGAGUGGAUAAAAGCGAAUGCAGAAGAUAUAUUAAAAUGAAAUCAACAAC